AUGGCGUCUCUUAGACCUACCCCUAUCAGCCCUCUGAUGGUGUCUCUUAGACCUACCCCUAUCAGCCCUCUGAUGGCGUCUCUUAGACCUACCCCUAUCAGCCCUCUGAUGGUGUCUCUUAGACCUACCUCUAUCAGCCCUCUGAUGGUGUCUCUUAGACCUACCCCUAUCAGCCCUCUGAUGGCGUCUCUUAGACCUACCCCUAUCAGCCCUCUGAUGGCGUCUCUUAGACCUACCCCUAUCAGCCCUCUGAUGGCGUCUCUUAGACCUACCUCUAUCAGCCCUCUGAUGGCGUCUCUUAGACCACCUCUAUCAGCCCUCUGA